AUGUUGGCCUACUUUUCGUUGCCCGUCCUGCUGUUGACGACCGACGAUCUUUUUGAAGACCAAGACGAGCAAAAGCGGCUGUUGAUCGAGAAUUACCCCAUUUACAAGCCGGUGGCUCUGGUGCAGACGUCGCUCGUCUUCUACCUACCCGUCUUCCAUCAAUUUGCAAAGUUUUUGAUGGUCACUGCAACAGUGUAUGGGACCUACCUGUGGCUGCAAGUCGGCUUCACCUGGAGCUCGAUGCGCCAAGUGCGAGCGCUUCUCAAAUACGCCGCCGAUGAUAUGGACCCCGGCAUGAAGCUCAUCGCAAAGGGGAUGAAAGUUAGACUCGCGGUCUUCAUGAUGACGCUGGUGAAGCCGGCGAUUUUCGUGGCGUUCAUCAUCUUUUUGCACAUUUGGAAUGCGAACGAGCUCGUCAACUCGGCCUGGGUGCUGAUCUCGAUGCACGGGCUUAUCCACACAAUUGGACUUUGCUAUGUUGAGAGCAACUAUCGUAGGGCGAUUCUGACGUUUAUUGCACGCCUAUGCCGUCGCCCGCGGCGCGGCCCAAAACCGCCACUCGACGGGGUGCGCUACCAAACAAACGAGGAGCCCGUGUCGCUUGGCACCUCACAAGUGACAAUCCUCGAGGCG